CUGGAUCCUUCUGUUUAGUUGAUACUUUUCAACCACGAGACGAGCCCCAACAGCAAUACAACUUAUUUAUUUGCCUUUAAUUGCAAAUUUGUUCAACAGUUAACGAAUUGGUCACGCUAAACUAAUACAUCAACGUAAAGCAUAUAGCAUAUUUAAUAUCGCAAGUUAUUGGACUGGAUCAUUCCACCAAUGCUAAACAUCCCAAUAUUGAAUGAUGUAACGUUGAGCGUAGACGAGACCCAUCAAUUAUAAGCCCCAAUUGUUUGAAUGCAACAACUGGAACUGUACCUCCAACACAUUUGCGUAGAGUCUUUUUGAUCGAGGCUUCGUUUUGGUCUGGUGGUGAGGACGGCGAGCUGAUAUUUGAGCAAUAUUUAUUUGUUUUCAAACAGUUUACCAAAGAUAAAAGAGUCAUUAUGGCAGAAGCUCUACCCGUUUCUCAAAUUGGUUCUUCCAACCCAUUAUCUACAUCGUCACAGUCUAACAAUAUGGAACAAUUGGUCGUUGACGUUGUUUCCAACGAAGAUAACUUAUUCGAUCCCAGUCAAGUUAGCCCUGGCCCAACUAUUCUUGACUUUUCGUACACAGGAUUGGAUUCCAUUGGAUUUUGCGAGGCCUUGUCUAAUCAACCUGACGCCGUGUUUGACUCUGUCGAGUCUAUCUUAGCCACAAAUAAUUCCAUUCUUGAAAUUCCGGAUGCUAUUUCUCGAUACAAGAAUUUGCGGUUGUUGGACUUAUCAAGCAAUCAAAUCUCUGAUUUUUCUGACUCCCUCACACUUUGCCAUAAUUUGGUCACGCUUAUCGCCCGAAAUAAUCUGCUUGAUGAGAAUAGUUUCCCAAAACACUUAAAAUGCUUAGUCAGAUUAAAGGAACUUAAUUUAAGUGGAAAUCGGCUGACUAGAAUUCCUUAUGAAAUUUUGGAACUUCCGUCUAUUCAAAUUUUACACUUGGGAGCCAACCGUAUCGUAAGUCGAAUACAUCACAAAGGACAUUUCUUUAAUGAGAAAAUUAGAAGUGUUAUAUUUGGGAGGCAAUAUAAUUACAGAGUUACCCUACGAAAUUGGAGAGUUAAAAAAUUUGCGAGUUAUGGUCUUGUGCGAUAA